CAUAUCUUGUAGUUAUUUUAAAUCGUUACUUUUCUCUUCCUUUCUUAUAUUCUCGUUUAGGCACUGUGUAAAUAAACAACGACGUAAUAUAAACAACGCACAAGAUUUCCCUGUACCUGAAUUCAAAAAGUGAACAGUAAUCGGGUCAUGACGGAGAUCAAAAAGGAUGGUUUUCUUCAGGUGAAAGAAGAUGGUUUAAGAGCUUGGAUUUGGUCAAGACGCUAUGUUGUUCUACGUGAACAAACCAUUACCUUCCAUCGUAACGAGCAAACAGGGCAUUGCGUAGCUUUGCUUUAUUUGCGAGAUAUCAAUUCAGUGUCUAGAUCAGAAUUGAAAUCGCAUUGUUUUGAGCUAUCUACAAAAGCCAAGUCCUAUUAUUUUGCCUGCCGUAAUGACGAAGAACUCUACUCUUGGAUGGACGAAGUCUACAAUAGGACACCUUUAGGUAGUUCUUGUCCAACAAAUUUCGUUCACGAAGUUCAUGUCGGAUUCGACCCCAACACAGGUGCAUUUACGGGCAUACCACAAGAAUGGAAUGCUUUACUGAAGGGCUCCAAAAUUACACCUGAAGAUGCACUUAAAAAUCCUCAAGCUGUGUUGGAAGCACUCAAUUUCUUCACAGACCACACUAAUAGAAGCAGCAAUAAUAAGUCUUAUGGCGAUCAUAAUUGCUCUCAACGUGAAAGUAAAACUAUUCAACAGGAAGAAUCAAAACAACCGAUGCAAGAACAAAGACAAAAGAGUAUGACGGCACAUUGUGAUCUGUCUUAUCAAGAUGAACUGGUUAACAACAAGGUGUCUGAUCCUAAACCAAGUAGGUCGGCACCUGCUCCAAGGCACGAAGAAAAAAUUUUACCUCCUAAGCCUAUAUCAAAAUCAAAGGUUCAACAAUUGGAGCUUCAACUACCUAGUCUAGAUCUAAAUGGUAAUAAGAAGCGAAAAAGUAUCGAAAAAGGGAUAAGCAGCAAACAACAACAGAAAAAGCAACAGACGAAUGUAACUGAACAACUGCAACAGCCGCUAAACCGUACAUUGCCACCUGAGAUAACAUUUCCUGCUACUAACACGACUGCUAACACUGUCAAUAAUGGACAUAUUAUCGACUUUAGCAAGCCACUACCAGUGACUCUCCCAACGACAGCAACAAGAUCAUCAGCGGCUGUUGUAACUCCUAUAUCUCCAAUACCUGAUACAGCUAGUCCAGGGAUAACAAUCAACGCCAUAAUACCAUCGCGGAUGGCUCCGUCUCAACCUUCACAAAAACAGUCUAAAAAAAACGCUAAUACUAAUCAUAGACGGAUCCUAACAUCAGAGGAGAAAAAAGCACGAUUCGAAAGAGAGAAGGAAAAGUUGAAGCAAGCAGCUGCUUUUUUAAACCAAGAUAAAAAAUUAAAUAAGCAUACCACUACCAAUAACAUGAUAUUGAUGCAACCGGAUUCGGGGGCAACUACAGCGGCCACCUUGGCCUCUGCUGCUGCAACAACUGAAAAAAACCAUCCCUUUAAAGUCUUCAAUAUGAGUAAUAACAAAAAAAUAUUUCCAAUCAACACUUCUUUACUACCACCUCAACCUCAACCACAAGCAUCAACACCUGUACCAACCACCAUGAAUCAAAAUAUUGAACUAGAUAAUGAAUUCGAAGCACAGCAGAAUGAAGAAAUGCUAAAUAGUGCUGACGCUCAAGCAUUAGCAAAACUUCGCUCUGUAGUUACGACAGGAGAUCCGCAUUACAUCUAUAAGCGUGCGAAACGAAUUGGACAAGGGGCUUCCGGAUCAGUUUACCUCGCAAAUCAUAUUAAUGAUAAUACAAAAGUAGCCAUUAAACAAAUGGAAUUAUCAAAGCAAUCGAGGCUUGACUUGAUUGUCAAUGAAAUUAUGAUUAUGAAGGAAUCCCAUCAUAACAAUAUUGUUAACUUUCUGGAUUCGUUUCUUGUUCGCGGUGAUUUAUGGGUUGUCAUGGAAUUUAUGGAGGGAGGCGCGUUAACAGAUGUCAUUGAGAACAACGAGAUGACAGAAGAACAAAUUGCCACUGUGUGUUUAGAGACGGCAAAAGGAUUGGAACAUUUACAUUCGCAAAAUAUCAUUCAUAGAGAUAUUAAAUCUGACAAUGUUUUAUUGGACUUUCAGGGCCAUGUGAAGAUCAGUGAUUUUGGUUACUGCGCAAAAUUAACAUCGCAGAAGAGUAAGAGAGCGACCAUGGUUGGUACACCUUACUGGAUGGCACCUGAAAUUGUCAAACAAAAAGAGUACGGUACAAAAGUAGACAUAUGGUCAUUAGGUAUUAUGGCCAUCGAAAUGAUUGAAAAUGAGCCACCUUAUUUGGACGAAGAGCCUUUGAAGGCAUUGUAUCUUAUCGCGACAAAUGGGACCCCCUCUCUUAAAAAUGCAAAUAAAAUCUCAAGGGAGCUUAGUAAUUAUCUCGCUGUCUGUUUGUGUGUGGAUGUACAAGUACGUGCUACUGCAGCACAAUUACUUGAGCAUGCCUUUUCAAAGAAAGCUGGACCAGCGAACAAGUUGUUGCCACCACUCUUAAAAUUCAGAAAGAAAUAA